AUGCACAAUUAUCAUCCAGCUCCAUACAACCAGCAAAAUCAUGCUCAACCUCAAUCACAAAUGCAUGGUGGUGCACGUGGUCCUCAAGAUCAGCCUGGCUUUUAUCCCUCGGGGUUUAUUGGUCACAAUCAGCAGGGUCAAGUUCAACUUGAUGAUCAAGCUGCUCACGUCUUCUUGCUGCAACAACAUGAUGGUCAACAAAGUCGUGCUCAGCAACCUCACAGCCUUUGCGAUAUGCUUCCCGGACCCAACUCAGCUCAGCCGGACCACAACAACAAUCUUUACCACCCUAAUGAUUAUUCUAACUCUACGUAUCAUUCUUCUAACUUCAAUAACUUGACCACACGUGGUCAGCAAAGUCAUGAAUAUAGUCACCAGUUUGAACAAAGUCAGGCUCGACAAGUAUCAAACCCAAAUCUCGGUGACAUACCUUCUGCUGCAAACAAUCAACGUGUCGGUUCGAUCAUUGCUCGUGUGCCUCAAUUAACACCGCCUAUCAUAGGGGAAUCAAGUGAUCCAAGCGCUAUCAACAGAAUUGGCCAACCCGGGCAUACACAUAGUUCCUCCACAGGAACUCGUCCUCAAAACCACCAGCCUCAGACGACUCAGACAACAGCGCAGAGGCGCAGAAAUGGCCGUCAACCUCGGGUUGAGCCUGCUAGCGUGCCUCAAUUACCACCGCCGAUUGAAGCUAAUGCAUCUACUAGCCUGACUACGCCCGCAUCAACGCAGACGCAGGUACCGGUACCUCCAACUACAAGGGCUACUGUCAAUUUGUUCUUACCUAACUCGCUCAAAGGAAAAAAAAAUACUCAACAACCGACAUUAAACAUCCCAACAGCAGAUGAGAUGAUGCAAAAGACUUCGGUAGAAUUGAGGAUGCUUUCAGAAAAGCAUGCUACCAAAAAGGAGACCGUACCACCAGCUUUAAAAAAUCAUUUCAUGAAAUUACACGAAGACCUCGAUAAGGUAUUAGCAAUCAAUUGCAUAAACCACCAGGUUUCGGUCAAAGCGGUUUGUAAAUUAUGGGGUGAAAGGGGGGCGCGCAGAGGUGCAAACAGUUUCCAGCGGUGGUAUAAGAGUGAGGAGGUUAGUGCAAUAUUCAAAGAGUCCUCAGGUGUAGCGAAUGGACAAGGCUCAAUUCUGGCUUCGAGUAUAUGGAACAAUAAGUCACAGGAAGAGAAAGACUCGUACAAGCUACAGAAUCAACCCAUAAUCAGCGCGACUACGUCCAAUUCGAUCGAUUCUGCACCCGACGCCGAAGGUGGAACAGCAAGAACAGAACUUGUCUCCAAUGCGCGAGCUAAAAAUAUGUCUUUGGCUAAUGCGCGAACAGCUGUAAACAACUUCAUGAUCAAGUGGCAAACCGAGGCCAACAAUAUGGCUGCAACAUAUGAAGGUAACUUUGUCAUGAUGGGUGUGUCGAAUUUUUUAGGCAAGGAUUCUUACCAGGUUGUCCGAGCCACGCCACGGGCUCUCAAGUGGGUGGACCAUGAUAGGAUAUGUAACCCAAAGAAUCAUUUUGCCGCACAAUUACAUGCAUUCGUGACUGGAACUCAGGCUGGCCUACUCAAUUUAAGUCAAACUAAACUCGAUGAAGCCCUGACCGAACUGAUUAGCACAAAGACACAAGGCCAUGUCAACAAGUGGACAUGGAAAGGAUGUAAGGAAAAGCUAGAAGAGUACGGCUACUAUGUACAACUUGCCUUGGAUUCAAAGUCUUGCAUCAGUUAUAUCAUGCAAGACAGUAAUCAACUAACCCAAACACAAGCUCGUGAUGUGUUGGAUGAUAUUCUGCACAACAAAAUUCUAAUCCUGGAAACUGAGGCGGGUCCUAGUACUACUGGUCCUAAUCAAAAGGUCAAACGCAAACGCGCCCACGGUCCUGAUGAAUCUGCCGCUGAAGACGAACCCACUCCUGUCAUCAACACAGCAACCGACAACAACACGCCUCCUAUCGUAAAUCACUCAGCAAAUGAUGACGCGCCCGCCAAUGAUGCACCUAUGAUCAUUACCGAUAACACAUCAAUUUCUACACCUGUAGAUACGACUUGA